CACACACACACACAGACAGAGACAGCAGUGUGUUUACGGACAUGAUCUGGCGGAGAGUCACCUGCUAACUCUCUCACAGCUAACCCACCACACAUUCAGGGGGGAAACAAACAAUGGGAGGGUCUCAAAGCGUCGAGAUACCAGGUGGAGGCACUGAAGGAUACCACGUCCUCAGAGUGCAGGAGAAUUCCCCCGGUCACCGAGCAGGACUGGAGCCAUUCUUCGAUUUCAUCAUUUCCAUCUGUGACACUAGACUGAACAAGGACAAUGACACCCUAAAAGAGUUGCUGAAGAUGAACGUGGAGAGGCCCAUCAAGAUGCUGUUGUACAGUAGCAAGACGCUGGCAGUGAGGGAGACAACCAUCACGCCCAGCAACAUGUGGGGCGGCCAGGGGCUUCUGGGGGUCAGCAUUCGCUUCUGCAGCUUUGAAGGAGCCAACGAAAAUGUUUGGCAUGUCUUGGAAGUGGAGCCAAACUCUCCUGCAGCCCUGGCUGGUUUGAGGGCCCACGCUGACUACAUUAUAGGAGCCGACACCGUCAUGAACGAGAGUGAAGAUCUGUUCUCCAUCGUUGAAACCUAUGAAGGGAAGGAGCUGAAGCUGUACGUUUACAACACAGACACAGACAACUGCCGGGAGGUGGUCAUCACACCAAACUGUGACUGGGGUGGAGAGGGAAGUCUAGGAUGUGGCAUUGGCUACGGCUACCUGCACAGGAUACCUACACUGCCGUUUGCAGAGGGCAAGAAGAUCGGUUUCUCCGCUCGGACUCAGAGUGAACCGGCUCCUCCACCUAAAGAUGGCUUCACAGAGGUCGUCCUCUCUGCCGUCAUUCCAACCGUCCCAGUUGCCGUGUCCUCUUCUGCAUCGACUGGAUUAGAGCAGUCUCUCGCCGGCUUGUCAGUCAACUCUAACCCGACCGCUGUCGUUAGCAAUCUGCAGACAGCAUUUUCAGGAGCUCCUACGGCCCCACUGACGAGCCAAGUCCCCUUCUCACAAAGCGUUCCCCUGUGUGUCAAUCCUGCUGCCACACUACCAGGUUUAAUGCCCCUACCUGGAGGUCUUCCACCCUUUCCUAAUUUACCAAAUGUAAAUAUCACCUUGCCAGAUGUGGGCCAUGUAUUGCCAUCUGGAGUUUGUGGAUUACAACAUGCAGGUCUUCCACCUCUCACCCUGCCAGGCGUGGCCCCCGGUGUAACUCUGCCGCCGUCUGACUUUGUUCUUCCCCCAGUCAGUGCCAAUGCAGCUCCUGCUGUUCGGCAGAACACCGCAUUUCCCUCCUCCACUAUUCAAAUGAACAGUAUACUGACUAAAAGCCCCGUCCCAUCAUCACCAGUGGCCGCCUGUGAAUCAAUAAAUAUCACAAUGACUGCAGACUCAUCUUAGCAGAGAGGACCAGGUUGUCAACUUGCUCUUAAGUCUUUACACAACAAAGCAACUCUCUCGUACAAAUCUCGAGGUUACUGGAACUGUGUUUUCCUGUGAAUGUGUGUCAGGCAGCAUCGCAGUCCUGCAUCUUAAGAACAGUUUGAUGGCAGAAGGAAUGUUACAUGGAUCAUGCAAACAGAGUUCAUUUAUACAACCUGUAGAAUACCAGUUAAAUAGUUCACAACUCAAUCAUGGUUAUAGCUGUACUGACAAAAACGUUGUAGGAUUUUUAAUCUUGGCUCAAAAAGAGUGUAAGAUAUGUGGGAAACAGGUUACUUUUAAGUGUUCAAGUUAGUAUCUUUGCAGCUUUCUUUAGUGGUCUAACUACUACGGAGCCCCUGAAGGGUCAUGAUGGAAAUUUCUUUCAACUUCUUUUGCACUCCCUCCACUAAUAAUACACUCCUAGUUUAGGGAAACGUGCUGAAAGGAGAAAUGAUCUGACACUUUACAUUAUCAAUUCAUUGCUCAUUACUCCUUUUAAAAGUCCGAGCUCUGACGGUGAACAUCCACAGAUGUGUGAGCACAGCUGUAACUGCUCUGCCUGGCUGUAAAUAUGGUUAUUGCUCGGACUUAUGGUGGUUAAAUCUAGGAUGCUGUGGAUGUGGCUACUAUGACUACUCUUUAUUGCUCCUAAUAACAUUAGCCAAGAAAGCAUUGUUAAGCCUCAUGGGAUUUGAACUCGCAGUGUUUCCGUCAGACAUGAGAUGUGUUACCAAUACACCACAGGAGGAGAAUACAGUUUAACUACAAUGCUCAGGCAGCACAACGCCCACAGAAUAUUAUUACUGAAUAUAUACUAUAUAAUAAUACAGCCUUUCUCUGUGAAUCAGAGGUAAUGCUAAAGAGUGUCAAUGUGGCCUUUCAGUAGCUCUACACUACUGAUGGUCUUCAGGGUCAGACGGGGCAGUAACUUAUACUACUGGGGAUUUUCCUUUAGAGAAGCAGGUUUGCCUUCUGCAGUGCAGUAGUUAUUAAGUAUAACGCUUUUGGUUUUGUAAAAUAAAUGAUUUGUAAAGUGACAAAUUGUUACCUUGAUUAAACUGAUGUAUUUUUACUAUCU